UAUUUCGUAAAAAUAAUAUUUUUUUCUAACGUGUGGUGCAAAGCGGCACAUACAGUCGACGACUGAAAUUUUAUUUUGAAAGUAUUGACCACCGGAAAUGUUACGAUAACUUCUUGUGGCGGUGUUUUCUAAACCAGAGAGAACAGAAUGUCGGUGGUUACGGUGCAGCUCGGUCAGUGCGGAAACCAGGUGGGACAGGAGCUUUUUGAGGUCAUCUGCAGCGAUGGACAGGACAGACAGAGGACAGCGUACAGGACAGCCAGCGAGGAGCGCUUCUUCCACCGCUCGGCCUGCGGGGCAGACCUUGUGGCCCGGGCGGUUCUGAUCGACAUGGAGCCCAAAGUGAUCGACAACAUACGGAGCAAAGCAGCAAAGUGCAGCAGGUGGAGGUACGGAGACUCUUCCCACUUCAGCCAGAAGCAGGGCUCUGGAAACAACUGGGCUAAUGGGUACUGCGUCCACGGGCCACGUCAUAGAGAGGAGGUGGAGGAGCUGGUGAGGCAAGAGGUGGAGCGAUGUGACCGAUUGGCAGGACUCGUGGCCAUGAUGAGUGUGGCAGGGGGCACGGGGUCAGGGGUCGGAACUUACGUCACUCAGUGUCUCCGAGAUACCUACCCAAAUUCCUUCAUCAUUAACCACCUGACAUGGCCGUACGGGACUGGGGAGGUUAUUGUCCAGAAUUACAACUCCGUGCUGACACUGGCUCAUCUCUACCAGCUGUCUGAUGGCAUCCUGGUGCACGAGAAUGACACUGUGCACAAGAUCUGCAGUCAGCUGCUCAACAUCAAACACAUCUCCUUUGGUGACGUCAACAGAGUUAUCGCACAGCAGUUGGGUAGCGUCCUGCAGCCCUCACUCACCGGAGCCUCUCUUGGAGAGUACUGCCGAAAUCCUUUGGGUGAGCUGGUGAGCACUCUUGCGUGUCACCCAGAGUACAAGCUGCUCAGUGUGUGUUCAAUCCCUCAGAUGCCAAACUCCUCUAUUGCCUACAGCACGUUCAGCUGGCCCGCUCUGCUCAAACACCUGCGACAGAUGCUCAUCUCCAACACCAAGAUGGAGGAAGGUAUAGACUGGCAGGUUCGUCUGCCUGUCAGUUCUGAGCGUAGCAGGACUCUCACUGGAACCAGCUUUAACAAAUCUUUGGCCAACCUGCUUAUACUGAGAGGAAAAGACAUCUACAGCGCAGAGACAGCUGGUUUUGAGGACCCAGCCCUGUACACCUCCUGGCUCUCACCAGAAGCUGCCUUUGACGUGUGGAAAUCCCCCCUGCACUUUAAUAAAUAUGAAAAAUCUGCUACGCUUGUCAGCAACAGCCAGGCUCUACUCAGAUCGCUGGACAACAUGGUGGGAAAAGCCUGGAAUAUGUUUGCCUCCAGGGCCUACGUCCACCAUUACAUUAAGUUUGGGAUCUCAGAGGAGGAUUUUCUGGAAAACUUCACAUCUUUAGAACAAGUCAUCUCCAGCUACAGUCAACUGCACUAGUAGAAAUAAGUACAUUAUCUUUGGAUCUCAAGUGGAGCAGCGCUGACUUUAAAUUAUCAUGAGAAGGCAUUUUGGUUUUGUGCAAUAUCUGCAGUGAUAGCACAUACUGAUGCAUUGUGUUUAUACUGGAAGAGUAUGUACUGUGCAAAUUGAGCUCAGAUGCAUCCUGCUUCUACUGAUCAUCCUUGAGAUGUUUCCACAGCUUAAAUGGAGUCCACGUGGGGUAAAUUUAGUUGAUUGGACA